GAUUUCUUCCUCGAGUUGAAGGAACUUUCUCCCGCGGUUCAUUUAAUGAAUGUGUCCAGCGGUUCGAUUUCCUCAUGUCUCAUUCGUAAACAACAGAGGUCCCUCGGGGAUUUUGCUUUCUUGUUCUUUUUUAUCGGGCGUACCUUUUUGAUUUCUUAUUUGUUUCGUUGGGGACGUCUUUCAUUUUUGUUUCCCAACAAACAAAGCGAACAAACAACGACGCGCACAAGCAAGCAGCAGUUGAGCAGUUGGAAUUGGAGGAAUUGGUUGGAAUUUGAGGAAUUGGACAUAUUGGGACAUUGGUUGGACCAACCUAUAUUGGAAAACAUAAGCCGGGACAACUCUAGUUUAGUAAAAACUUCGGUUUUUUUUAAAUAUUUUCCAGAGAAAGUGAGCCAAGGAGACGAGGAGACACAAAAAAAAGUAAUUCACAUUCCCUAAGGCCCAUGAAAGUGAGAUGUAUCGCUUUUUAAUGAUUUACAUGGCUACUCAAGCAUUUAUCUGAGUGGACAUUUGCAUAUAUUUUGUAUAACCAGAAAUUCCUUGUAUUUGAAGAAAGGUCAGAAAGGGAAAGGAAAUGGAUGAAAAUAAGUUGCAACAUUUUAUAAAAAAUUUGUGUCGAGUAUGUUCUGCUGGCAUCACUGAAGCAGCCAAGAACAUUUCGGACCAUCUAAAUGAGAAGCCAGAUUGUCCAACAAUAAUGGAGCUAUUAACAAUAAUAGUCCCACAAAGCUGCAAUGAUGAGUACCCAGAUGAAUUACCAAAGAAGGUGUGUAUGGCGUGUGUUCAGCAACUGCAAAGUAUUUACGAGUUUAUGGAAUCGUAUAAAGAAGCCAAUAAAAAAUUACUCAAACUACUGAAGGACCCUGAUUUCUACGAAGAGGAAACAAUAGAUAAUAAAGUAGAAUAUAAAUUGGAUACCUUUUUAGACGAAGAAGUAGUCGAUUACAAUAUAUGUAAGGAUAAGACUACAACUUUGAAUAUAGACUAUUAUAGGAUGGAAGAGAAAUUGAUAGAUGUAGUAUGGACAGAUGAAUGUGAAGAUACUUAUCAUAAAAGCUGUGAAGUUUUAACGGAAACAGAUCCAAUUCAAAACCAAUCCACGCAAAAUCCAAAGUCUACAAUGGACAUUACACCAAAAAAUAUUCAAGAUUCGCCAGAGAGUGAUUUGGAUUGUAAAGCAAUGUCACCCGAUCGGAUACAGUAUGAAAAUGAAAAAGACAAGAAACAUACUGCAAAAUCUAGAAGAUCAAGAACCACCAUGGAACGUAAAGAUGCCAAAGAAUCUUCAGAGAGCACUCAAGACAAUAAAGAUAAGUCCAAUCGACGACGGAAGAACAAAAAGCAAGUAAACAAAAAACCAAUUGAAUGUGAAUUUUGCGGAAGAGUAUUUGACAAAGAGUACAAAUACAGGACCCAUUUACAAAUACAUUCGGAGGAAAAAUCUCACCUUUGUCCCGAAUGUGGAAAAGGUUUUAAAACGAAUGCGUCUUUAACGGUCCACAUGAAACGUCACAAGGGAGAGAAAAAUGUCCAGUGCCCCCAGUGUCCAAGAAGAUUUAUAGACACAAGUGGCCUCCAUGGUCAUAUGUAUGUUCACAAAGACAAUAAAGCAUUUGUCUGUGACAUUUGUGGUUUCGCCUUCCAUGCGGCCUAUUUGCUGAAAAGACAUCGUUUUUUACAUACCGGCAUAAAGAACCAUGCCUGUGUAAAUUGUGAUCAGCGUUUUGCCACAAUUAAGGCACUACGUCGUCAUUUAAUUACUCAUACGGGUGAAAAACCAUUUGAAUGCCAUUAUUGCGAUCGGAGUUUUGGUCAGAGUCAGGAUUGUCACAAUCACAUGAGAAUCCAUGUGGGGAAAAACAUACAUUUAUGUGAAUUGUGUCCUUUGCGUUUUCCACUAGUCCGAGAGUUGCGCGUUCAUUUUGCAACACAUAAGAAUGACGAUGAAGAAACACGUACGAAAAAUCUCGAGGCCCGAAAAAUAGAAGUAAUUAAUCUCAAAACUAAUUUUGGAUAUAAAAGAGAUUGAAAUGGUCAAUGAGCCGUGAUUUUAGGCCUAGAAAGCACUAUUGCAAUGUAUCCAAAGACGUACUCCUAUUUUUUUUUAAUUCAACUGUGCCUGUCAUUCGGUAAUUUGUUUUGUUAAAAUACUUGUUGCUUUUAAAAGAAACUCCAAUUUUUUAAAUUUA